ACCUCUUCGAUUCCAUCAAGAUUCAUUUCAACCUUCAAAUACUAACGGAAAAAACGGUUCUUCUUCUAACUAUAAAUUAAACCAAAGCCAAGGUAAUUGUAGGCUGAAAAUAGAACGUUUUCAUUUUCCUCUCUCUCUCUCUCUCUCUUUAAGAAAAUUUUCCUCUCCCCUCAACAGGUAGAGAAAUGGGUUGUGGGGAAUCAAAGCAUGCUGUUGCAACAGAAAACACCAUUAGCAAAAGUAGAAGCCAGAAAUCCAAUUCUAAGGGAAUUGCAGAAAGCUUUGUUGAAGAGAAGGAAAAGUUAUUCAAGGAACCUGGGGUGGAUGGAAAUGUGGAGGAAAGGGGAAGUUUGGAAGAGGGAAAGGAAAAUGCAAAAGAAACUAAUAAUGGAAAUGGAGAAUCAAAGGUGGUGGAAAAUGUGAAAGAAAUAGAAAAAUCUGAAGAGGGAAAGGAAAAUAAAAAAGUGGAGGAGGAAAAAGAGGGAGGAGAUGCCAAAGAAACUGAUAAUGGAAAUGGAAAAUCGAAGGUGAAGGAAAACGUGAAAAUAAUGGAAAAUUCGAAAGUGGAGGAGGAAAAAGAGGGAGGAAAUGCCAAAGAAACUGAUAGUGGAAAUGGAAAAUCAAAGGUGGAGGAAAAUGUGAAAAUAAUGGAAAAUUCUAAAGUGGAGGAGGAAAAAGAGGGAGGAAAUGCCAAAGAAUCUGAUAAUGGAAAUGGAAAACCUGAGGGUAAGGAAAAUGUGAAAGACAAGGAAGAAAAAUUCAAAGCACCUGUUGUGGUUGUGGAGGAAAAUAAGGAGGAAAAAUCUGAUGACAUCAGUGCUCAUCAAGAGAUUGUUGCUGUUCAAGAACCAGAUGUAGAAAAGCUCAAGAAAGAAAAUGAAUCCAUUAUCCCAGAAGAAAAUGCAUCAGAAAGGAAAACGGAUUUGAAUGAUAAUGUAGAGGGAAAAGAAAUUAUCGAAGAGGCCAAGGAGUCGUCGAAAACUGAGGAGGCUAUUAAGGUGGAAAAUGCAACAGAGGCGAAAGAAGAAGUGGUGCUGCCAAUUGCUGAAACAGAAGAUUCUGCCACCAAAAAGGAAUAGAAAAGACUUGGGCUGCUUGAGAGUUGAUUUCAGAGUGUAGGGGAAUCUGAAGCCAAUUACACCAGAAUAUGAUAAAGGCUUCUUGAUUGCCGCAACAGAAAAUAAUUCUGUAUUCUUAUAUAACACUGUAUUCAUUAUAGUAUAAUUUCCAAUUUACUUUGUUAAUAUAAAUAUUUUUAAAAGUUUAAAUUUAUAGAUAAGAUGAUGAUUUAACGAUA